AUGAGUUGGCAUCAUCUGUCUGGCUGUGACCUCUAUCCACAGGUCAGAGAAGGAGGAGCUAGUCCUUUGUCCCAGCGCCGCCCUCCCAAAAUCAACAGUAUCGCCAGCGACGAAGAACCAAUUUAUGACAUUGUUGCGUCAGAUGAGGACUACAGCAGUAUUGACAAUCUGAGCAUCAAGAGCACAGGGAUGCGUGACGAUCGAAAGGAUUGGGUAGAGGAGACUCUACAGCCCGCUCCAGAGCCAAUUGUGGAGGGACCGGUGUCGACAGACGAUUUCCUCCAGAUGAAGAAGAAGGCCUCAUCCCUUGAGUCCCAAGUAGGACAACUCAUACAAAACAAUAAGGACCUUCGACGGGAGAGGGACGACCUGACAAUCCUUGUACAAAGGUUGACGAGGGAGAUUUCUAUACUGCGCGAUCACACACAACAGAUUCAACAGUCACUUCACGUCAUACCUAAUGGGUACGAUGGUCGGGACAAAGCAGGUCAGGACAGAUUUGAGUCUACAGUACAGGGUCAGUACGAUUCUGGGGGUUCAGGAGGUGAUGACCCUUUUGACUGUGGCCCCAGAAGAAACGAAGGGUUUGAUUCAGGGAAUCAUGAUCGCCCAGACAGUAUACAGGAAAGUCCCCGCCCCAGCACUCGACCUCAAUCCAUGUUUGAACCACGGGACCAGCAGCGUCUUUCACAAAAGAGCCAAUCUAAGGAUUCAUUACAGUCUGCACAGUCUCUGGCUAACAUACAUGUGCAGGAGGAAGUUCAGGUGCUGGCUUCAGACUCAGCAGAAGAUAUACAGAAACCAGUUGGGCCUGAUCUGUCUCACUAUGACUGUCCAAGUUCUCUACCUUUGGAACCAAGUGCAAUAAAUCACAGCCAAGAGCCAACACUGGAUGCCAAUGCUAAUCAGGAGUGUGAACAGGGAGCGAGCGGCAGGGAAGGAUGUGUGGAGGAAGAUGGACUCCCAACACAAGAGGAGGUUAUGAAGAAAACCGAGAAAAUCACCAAAAAUAUCCAAGAGCUCUAUCUAUCAGGGCAGGAGGGCAAACAUGACAGCUUUGGGCCUUGUGCUGACAGGAUCCAUUCAGCUGUGUUAGAUAUGGCGUCCUUGUUUCCACAGAGACCCCAGUCAGAGAGUGUAAAAUGUGCACUUCACAUGUUGACCACAAGUGCACGACGUUUACGAGAAGAAUGUCUGAAUGGACACCCCGGGGAUAUGGAUCCAGAACUGGAGAUCCCACUCAAAACACAGCAGGUGAUGCAGUGUGCAUUUGACAUCGCCCGUGCAGCCAAACAGUUAGUGACUCUGUUCCAGUGACAUGUCCAAGGCAUGGUGUAUGUUGCUGUCAGCUCCUUGCGCUCUGCUCUCCAACUCGGAUACUCAUUGUGUUUACAUCGAACUGUCCACAACAGAAUCUCAGGGCCAGCUAGGGCUCUCUGUCUAUGGUAUUGAUCCUACACAUAUGGUCCAAGAAAUCUCAACAGUGUGUAGUCCUCCUGGAAAUAUCUGGAAUAGGAGAUUCUAGCUCGCACGUCCCUCCAUCGAAAAAUGGAAUGUGUACCAGUUUAGGCAUUAGACAGCUGU